CUCAGUACAGCACACAUUAACUCGCAGCGUUAGUCCAAAACACAGCAGAUUGACGAUGAGGAACCUUCUGACCACGCAGAACCAGAACUGCUACAGGGAGCUCAUCAUGAAGGAGGCCUAUACACGCCUCACCUGGAAGAUGAAAUACAGCAAAGACUAUCCCACCAGCUUCACGACCCGCAGAGCCAAGACCAUCGGCCUCUUUAACCCACCAAAACCCUCCACUGAAAUCACUCUACCUCCCAUCGUCCAGCCUCAGGGGAAGAAGAAGGAGGCCCCAGUGCUGGUGGGCCGCUCUCUCAGUGAAGCCCCUCUGAUGCGGCCUGUCAGCCCCAAAACCAAAGAUACCCUCUACCACGGCUUCUCCAAAGAGGGCAAAGGACGCAGCGUGUAUCUGAAGAGACGCGCCCAGAAAAUGCCAGAGGAAAAGUUCGACUAUCCAAUACUGUCCUCAUGGGAAUAUGGCUGGAGAUUAGGUGAUUAUGAACAUAACUAUAGAUCACCGGCUAAUGGAAGGUCAGGAGUUGUUAGGAGCACUUUCUACGCCAGGAAUGGCAUUUUCAACAUUCCUUCUGCAACUGAUAAACUGGGGUAACAUUCCAAACCAACGUUCCAAGAGGACAUGAUCACAUUCUCACAGAGACUGAAUAUUCCCAUCUCCACAAGCUGUGACUGACCGUAAACUACUAAUAAAUACUGAGUAGUUGUGCUUGACAUGGAUCUGGGUUUGCGAGAUGUUUUGACUCUGCAAUGUUUGUGCAACUCAUUUCAUAACAUUGUGCGUGUAUGUAUUGUGUGGUUUGUAUGUAACCUUGUAUGUAAGGUGCCAAAACAGUUAUUUGUACUGAUCCCAUUGGAGAACCUUGCAAGUGAGGUUUAUUUGCUUCUUUAGGGUACUAAGGGUGGUUCUUCUAUAGCAAGAACCCAUUAGCCCCUUAAGUUUUAAGAGUCUACUGCAUUGAUUGAGACAUACUACAGAAAAAUCAGGCAAUAUUUUACAUAUUUUAAAAAUGUUCUUUAAUUACAUUUGCUGUGAUGUGAAGUAUAAAGGUAAUGAAUGGAAAGAAAGAAGUGAAAGCAAUAAAGUCUAAAAGCCCGACACA